UGUUUUGAUUCAUUGAUAUUUGAUUGAUCAGAUAUAAAUUUAUGUCGAAUUAUUAAAUCAUAACGUAUAACUGAAAUAUUAUCUUCAGCACGAUGUUAGAAACACAGUUUUCCUUGUCCUGGGAGCAACAUAUGUAUAACAUAAGUUACGGCUUAAAUAAAUUCCGCCAGAAUGGUGAAUUUGUGGAUAUGACUUUGGCAGCCGAUGGAUACUUCAUAAAAGCUCAUCAAAUGAUACUGUCCCUUGUUAGUCCUUAUAUUAAAGAUAUCAUAGGUUCAUUGCAAUGCACACAUCCUGUUAUAUUUUUAGAUAAUGUAUCAUAUAAAACUUUAUGCUCAAUAUUAGAUUAUGUAUACAAAGGAGAAGUUCAAGUAUCAAAAGAACAACUAGAUGAUUUGAUAAAAGCUGGUAAAGUAUUACAAAUCAAAGGAUUACAAGAAAUGAAUUCACAACCGACAUCUUCAAAUUUGCCAACAUAUUCGAUUGAUCCAAGUGUGGCAAGCGAGUCAAUAAAUAGCCCGGAAGAUAAAAAUGAUAUAUUGCCAACAAAAUCAGAAACUUUAGUUGAAUCGGAGGACCAAUCCAGUUUGGUACAAUAUGUAGCAAAAAAUGAAUUUACUAAUAACCAAAACUUUGUUGAAAAUGCAGAAUUUGAUCAAAAUCAGGAAAUGCAAUCGCAAUACUGUGAUGGAACAGUGAAAAAACCGGCAAGCAUUGAUUCUAAUGAUGUUCAGAAUUCCUCUUUUAUUAUCAAUCAAGAUACCAAUGAUUUUCCAACUCCAUUCUUUACAAUAUCAAAUCAAGGAUCAUUGCAGCUGGUGUUAAAUAGGCAUUUAUAUUUUCUAAAAUAUAAGAGUACAAGUGCAUCAGGACAUUCACAAUGGAAGUGUGUAAACUACAUCAACACGAAGUGUCCAGCAUAUGUGAUCACUAAAAAUGACAAGGUUAUCCAAAAACAUAUUAGACAUGAGCACCCGUACCACGAUAUCAAGAUAGCUAAAAAAGUCGCUUCUGGUGAAAUGUUUUCUAGUAUGAGAAACGCUGAAGAAUUUGCAAAAACGAAAAAGGAUGCUAAAUGUAGACAUAAUAGACUAAAGUAGACUUACACGACAUAAAUGUAACAAAAAGCCUUGACGAUUUUUUUUAUAUUUAAUAUAAUCACUGUUACUCGUUA